UUGUAACAUUUUCAUCAAAAAAUCAAAAAUGGCGUUCUAUACAGCUGUGGGUUGCGCAAUUUAAAAGUAAAUGUGCAGUAAACUCCUAAGAAAUACUAAUUAAUAAGUUCAACAGAUUUUACAGACAGUGGAUAUGUGAUUACAUGUUAUUUUAGUGUAAAUAGUUUCUUUAGUGGUUUAGUCUUUUUCAACAAAGUGUAAACCUGUCGUGGACCGUGUAUUUUUUGUGUUUUGGUGAUGUAUAAAAAUUAUAAAUAAUGAAACGGAAAAUAAUGCAGCUGGGCAAAUAAUGUAAUAAUGAUGGGUAUAUUAUGGGUGGUGCUAUUCGUGGCCCUGACCGGCACACAUUUUGGACACGGAUUACCCGUGGGACCGACACCGCAGACUUACCUUCACGAUGAAAAUUCGCCAUCUGUACUGGAGAGCUGGGGCUCAGGUGGUGGAGUGUAUGCUGCGGUGCCGGCACUGGCGCUGAUGCUCACCGCUGUUGGUUUACUCUUUGGGUGCACAUGGUGUUACAGGCAUAAAGACUGCAAGCAGCCAAACCAAGGAGCAGACAAUCAGUUGUUUGCAGCGAGCGCCACACACCUGCACGAGGUGCGACUCUCCCACCCGCCAGACUCUGGUUUCUCUGAGCCCGCGAACAACAAUAUCAGCGAAGACAACAACAAUGGGCCGAUAUCGCUCCGUGAGAUGCAGAACAUCGCCAACAACAAUGCUGCCGCGUACAUCAUCAGCGAGAACGAAGAACGGAACAGGGUCAGCCGCGAGUCGGUCGUCGAGUUCGAGCCGCUGCCCAACGGUAUUAGGGCGGGGAAUCCGUUGGACCACCGCGCUGAUUGGUUUGGUGGUGAUGAUUUCCCGAGAAAUAAUUUGCAAUAUCUUCGUGAAAUCGGGCGAGGAUGGUUUGGCAGGGUGGUAGAGGGCGAAAUAGAAGAGAACGGUUCCACUUCAACGGUGGCUGUGAAGAUACUAAACCAGAACGCCACUGUCGAGGAUAAGGCGCGCUUCCUGGACGAAGCGCUGAUCUACAGGGAUGCGAGACACGAGAACGUCCUCGCUUUGCUCGCCAGAGGUCUGCAGGAGGACCCCUGGAUACUGAUAUUUGAGUUAUGUCCUAUGGAUCUUCAACAGUAUUUGACUGUGAACCGGCCCAAAAUGGCAAUAUUAAACGAGAGCGGAGUACCAUUGCGACUAAUGUGCGACGUGUCAUCGGCACUCGCAUACCUGCACUCGAGAGGUUAUUUGUACGGGGAGGUGUGUUGCGACGCGAUGCUGGUACGGCAAGCGGGCAACGAUCCAGCGACCGCUCGUGCCGUACUAGGCCGUUAUCUCACCGCCGCGACCCCACCGGCCCGACUACCGCACACGGCGAGUACCGAGGUGUGGUCGCUGGGCUCGCUGGUGUGGAGCGUGUGCACGUGGGGCGCUCCGCCGCCGGAGCCGCCGCAGCCGCCGCCCGACCUGCCCUGCCCCUAUCGGAACCAUUUAUACCAAGUGAUGCAACUCUGUUGGAAUCCCAACCCUGAUGCGCGUCCGACAUGUGCACAAGUGUACGCACUGAUCAACCACCUGUAUGCCACACAUACACGGACCAACUCCGCCGCCGUCGACGACGGUUACGGCAGCAGCGACUUCGAGGAGCGUUGGCAGCGGCUCAAACCGAACUCCAUCCCCGUCAUAGACGAACACAUCGCCAUAGUCCACGCCCCCUCUACUUCAAUGGCGUCGCAUUUCACCGGCUCAGAUCAAGACUUCGAUAACACUCCCACUGUACAUGAAUCGCUCAGUGUCGACAUGGAUACGGCUGUGUCGCGAUCAAGCAGCAUCAUGUCGGACAAAGAUCCACUUUCUGUACAAAUCAAAUCGGAAAGCCUCACGAAUUUACACGGUUCAUUGGAAGAUGUACGCAAUAUCUACCUCACUCACAAUGAGAUGGCGGUUCUUGAGUGUCAUCAAGGCAAUAUUAGUCUCGAUGACAGCAGAGAGAAGGAUCAUGAUUACUCAGAUAGUUCCGUCGACCCGUGGCUUAAGGACAUCAUUGCUGGCAGUCAAGACGACGUCAGCUACUAUAAAGAUGUUAGCGACGUUAUUAAGAAUCUCGACAAUAUUCUGAAUUCAGAAAAGACUUCGAGCUCCGAAUCAAGUCAUCAGGCUAGUCCAUCCAGAGAUAAUUUGAGUUUAGACUGUAAAACAGACUGUCCAAUGCAAUCGAGUAUGGUCAAAUCACCUGGUAUUAGUAACUUCCAAAAUAUCCUAGUAACUGGGUUUGACACUAAGUCUGAUAGUGAGCCGUGUGAAGAGGAUGAUAUUGACCGUGAUACUAUUGGUACUUUAAGUCAUUCAUUCGAACGCCAUAGUGACACGACCAGUCAGCACACUUUAGAAAAUAUUACGCCCAUUACACCAAUAAAAGAUAUAAAUUUUAUAUGUGAAAUUGUAAAUGAAAUUGAAACAGCUGCAAAGGAUAAUCUUAUUAAUGAUCAUGUUGAAGAAAUCAUUUUCAAAGAAGAAUCCAAAUUACAUUUAGAUACUGCUUCGCCAAUAGGUAAUGUAGUUAAUAAUGCUAGUAAUAUACCCAAGUUGAAAGAAUUAUGUGUAGCCUCAAUGCCUAGUGUAAGUGAAACAAAUAUUGAACAAUUGAAUGUAAAUAAAGACUGUGAAACACCUUGUGAUAAUAAGCUAACUGAAGAAAGGACUGAGAAGGAAACCGAUACUAAGUCAAUAAAUGAUACAGAACUAUUAAAUGCAAAUGCUAUUCCUAAUACAGAAACAGAAGAUAUAGAACCAAUAAAACAUCCUGAACAAUUAACUAAUGUACAAGAUGAACUCUUGCCAGAAGUAAUAAAUGAGAAAAUUCCUAUAAUAAACAACAGUUUAUUAAGCAUUGAAACAACAAGUGAUUUACAGAAGGAAGAAUUAACAGAUGUUAGCUGCAAUAAGGAAAUUGCUGAACCUCUUGAAUUACUUGAUAUUGAUCUUACUAAAAAUGAAGGCGAAACUAAUGAUCUCAUUUCAACUGUAGAAGAUAACAUAAUAGAAAUUAAAGAUACAAAAAACGAAAUAAUUUACCAUGAAGACAUGGAAAAACCUGAUAUGACAGAAAUAAAGGAAAAUAUUAAUUUACUAACAAAUACUAAUGCACAGACACCUGAGCCAGUACAAAAUUUUAACAAUAGUGAAAAUAAUACUGAUAGUAUUUGGGCUGUGGAAGAAGUUGAUAAUAUGGUACAACCUAUAAGUAAUAAUGAAAAUAUAGCCAUAACGCAAAAAAUGCCACCUGAUACAGUACAAAAUUGUGUUCACGAAACAUUUCUAAUUGAUGCUGCAGAUACAAAUAUUAAAAAAGAAAAGAAUGAAAUUACACCAAUUAGAUCUGAACAAAAUGAAAUAGUAAAUAAAACUUCAUCUGAACAGUCAAAUGACAGUACUGUUUAUAUGGAUCUCAUUAAUAAUACGAAUAGUGGAAUAGUAAAGAACGAUACAAUGGAUAGUAAUGUUAAACAAGUUAUUAAAUCUUGUGUUUCUUCACUGCAUAAAGAUAUAUCGAAUGAAGAAACUUCUUGCUCUUUAGUUAAAAACGAUUCGACCGUGUACUUAGAUUUGCCCAGUAUGAUAAAACAGACAGAUGAUUUUUUGCACUCAGAAAAGACACUUUGUAGCCAAAAUGUAGAGUUUAAAGAUAUCUGUGUAUCUAGCACACCUAAGAGUAGCGAUCAUCGAUCCACAGACGAAACCUUAGAAUGCUCUAUUAAAGAUGAUAAAUCCGAAUUGUUAUCAGAAACGAAAAUACCCGACUAUGGUCCAGGAGUGACACUUACGAAACUGGAACAAAAAUGCGUCCCUGAUGGCCUUAGUCCAUUCGAAUCGCCGACUAAAAGUCACCACACCGACACGUAUGAUGAAAACAGUUCUGUCGUUUUGGGACCCUUUGAGAACUGCACAAUAGAGUUAUUCAAAGGGAUAAAAUCUAUUGAUAUAAUAGACUUACCCAAAGAGGAGCUGUUAGCCUUUUCAUCAAAUUUUAGCGAAAUUAAUCUCGAAACACCGUCGCCAUUACGUGACGGUAACUUUCUAAACGAAGUGCCAGAUAUCGUCCACGAUGACGUACAGUUUGAUGAUGUAGCAACUAUAAGCGACCGGAAUUCCGAAAAAGAGCUACCGAGUGAAGUUAAUACGGAGGAAUCUGAGAUACAGUCUGCAACAGAGAAACAUGUUUCACCGUCGACACCUCCCAAUUCGCCCGGGAACUUUCUAGCGUCGACAUCACAGCAGAAAUACUUAGUAGAUAUAGAUCUGAAUCCUCCUGCAGAAGCCACUGUAGCGGAAUCCGACUCUGGCCUUAGUUCUCUACAAAAAGAAAUUGAAUUGAAUCAGAUUGAAUUGCAGAUUACUACAAAGCUAGCAAUGGCUGAGAACGAAAACAACUUGAAUAUUGAAUAUUCGAGACCACUUACCGUAGAAGGUCUCGUAUCCGAGGAUUCUGAUUAUAUACGCGACAGUGAUGAAGUACCUGAAUCUUAUUUAGCUGGUAAUGGAGGAUCCGUUGAAAACUUUAGAGAAGGACUCACGCUGGACGAGGAGUGUGUAAAGGCUCUUAGAAAUGAGUUGGAAUUGAAGUUACCUCUAGCACAGGUGUCGGGUAUCGAGCCGACGGGCGCGGGCUCGUCCUCGAGCGGCGAGUGGGAGCCGCCGCCGCCGCCCGAGCUGGUGCUGGCCUACCCGGGCGCACUCAGCCCCAUCGCCGAGGAGACCGGCCUGCAGCUCUCCGCAUACGAGAACGACGCCAACUGGACAGCGUCGGCGGCAUCGUCGUCGGAGAGCUACCCGGAGCCGUGCAACAACUGGACUGAGGAGGACGCCACGCGCUGCAGCCGCUCCGCCUCGCCCUCCGCCACCGCCACCUACACGCUGCCCGGCCUCGACCCGCACCGCACCUACACGCUGCACAAGGACGUCACCACCAGCAAAGAAAUAACAAUGAGCGCAGACAGUUUGAAUGCCAGUCCACAUAAAGAACCUGCAACAGAUGUACAUUCACCAAUCGAUGACAGAACUUAUAAUAAAAAUGAAGAAGAACAUGAGUCCAAUUGCGAGAGGAUUUCACAAGUAUCUCCAUUUUUAUUGAGCCCUACCACUGAUACAUCAGCUCCCGAUACGACCGAUAACGUCGACAACGGCACCGGGUCCACUCUAUCUCGAACGACAGUGCCCACCGAUGCUAAAAUCUCGAAGCCUUUUGACACCCAAUGUUCGUCAAAAGCGACCAGCAUAGAUUCCUGGUGUUCGAACGAUACCCUUUACAAUGUAGAGGAAAACUUCGACGAUUUAGCUAUGGACUCCGACAUUCCCGCAGAGCAUGAACCUGAAAAGGAAGACGAACACAGUGAGAGUAGCAAUACGUUAACUCACAAUGAUGAUGAAAAAGAGUUGAGCCACUGUUCUACUUACAUAGUCCACGAUAGCAAAUCCGAAGCAUGUGAAUCGUUUUCUCCGGAUUCUAUUACCGCGAACGACAACUAUACGUACACAAAGGCGAAAACUGAAACGACCGCAGCGACUCCGUCCAUCGUUACAAAAUCUGAAGUGGAUUCCACGAAAAAUUCACAAACAAAAGAAGACCUAGCUUAUGGUACAUUGAUCUCAGGUUUGCCGUCUUACUCCAAUUGUACAACAGAAGUGCUGUCAGUUGUUGAUGACAUUUGGAAAUUACAGCAACCGGAGCUAGUGAGAAGAUCACCUAUAGGAAAUGAAGUGCAUUUGACACCACCUAAAAUUAUGGACGAUGCGGAAUGUAUUGAAACUAGUCCUCAAUUAACUAUACAACCUAGUAUUAAGAAAAUGGAUAGCGUCGAGAUUUCUUGUUUACAAGACCAAUUGCUAAACAGCCAUGAUGGGUUAGAAAACAUCGAGAACCAAGAAUCAAUAAAUAAAAUUAACGACAGUCCCAACUCUAACUAUAAAGACAUGACCCCCUCCGUUACAAGUACACCUAUAACAGGACAAAUUGGAAAUGAAGAUGUUGAAGCCAUACCUAUAAAGCUGCCAGAUAUUAAAGCUGAAUCACUAGAAAUGAACAUACCAAAUUUCCAAGUAUUUCUACAAUCAGCCGAAAUAAGACCUCAAGAUAUAUCAUCAAAUACAAGUAAUGAGUGUACUAGUAAUAUUGAUACAGGCAUAAUAUUAGAAGGUGACAGUAAAACUCUAAGUAAAAAUAGCAACAAAGACAGCGUGGCAAAUACAGAACGCACUCCAUCAUACUCAGAUUUCGAGAACUCUGCUAUGUGCAAACCUCAAGAUGUACAUUCGAGAGAAAAGUCUAGUCAAAGUAUAGAGAGUGGUAUUAGUUCUGAAGAAUUCCGGCAAUUUGAGGACUCUGUGAGACAGAGACCGCAAGAUCUCUCUUCCGUAAUAGAUGCAAGUUCCAUGUUACUGAAGAGUGAGAGAAAGUCUAGUGAACUUGCAAUGGGCAGUUUGAAGAAAGUAGAUAUUGAUCAGGAUAGGCAACCUGAAAAAAGCCACGAUAAUAAACCUAUACAACAUAUAACUAUAAGUCCGCCUAAUAAUAUAAAUUUAAAUGAAUCUCAUAUUAAUGUACCAGUUAACAAUUUUUUAAUAGAUUUUGCUGAAGAAGAAAUGGAUCAGCCUCAUUCAAUAAUAAUUACAGAGAGCCCCAAAGAAGUGGCUAAAGAUAGCCCGAAUAGAACUUAUGACUCUCAUACAGCAACACCGCUUUUAGAUCUUAACAACACCUACGAUUCUCAUGAAAAUCAGCGGAUUAAUAUAAGAACUGAAAGCGAUGAACAUUUAAUAAAACCUAUUGUGAAUGGAGUAGCUGAAAAUGAUCUCAAUGAAGUUAAAAAACCUAAUUCAUUGGAAGCCAUUGAAGAUAACGUACAAGAAAAUAGUCAUAAACUACAGGAAGAUAAUUUUGAAAAGAAUAUAAGCCAAUUGAAUAACGAAGGAGCCCCUAAAAUAGAAGCUGUAGACGAAUUAACACAAAUUAUCGAGCCUGUUGUAAAUAACUUAACUUUAUCUGUUUCACCGAAAACUGUUAUAAACGGAUCAUUUUCAAAGGAAAGAAAUAAUGAAACUGAAAUAAAAUGCAAUGGCAGCAGUGAGAAGUACGCGACAGUUGAAUUUCUAAACGAAACAUUCGAAGAACUGCUGGAGAGCAAUGUCGAUGACGAGACUAAAGAUUUCUGUGUUAACGAUAAAUGCGAACAAGUGUUUAAUCAAGAUCAGCCUCAACUUAAGUCUGAAAAUAAUGAAUCUCAUCUUGUAAAUAAAAUAAUCAGUAGUCCUAAACAGAAAAUAUCUGAAAAUAUAGAUUCACAAGAGGUUGAAGAAGUAAACACGAAUGGCGUUGACGAUAAAUUAACGUCGGUCACUGAGAAUUUCUUACUGAAUGAGAAGAAAUUCUGUCAGUUCGAUUCAUACCUUCCACUGUUGAGUGAUAUCAGAUUCACUGGUCCAGCAGAAGAAAUCAUGACUACGUCAUUCACUCAAGAUUCGCCAACGGAACCAACGUCGCCCGAGUACGAGCAGGACAGCAAACCAGACACCGCUGUAGAUAUAUUGAAAGAGUGGGACAGCGAUAGCGAUUCGCAUUCCAGCAACUCCUCCAGCGGCGAGUUCAUUUGGAAGGACGGGGACGGCCACGAGACCUCGGUCGUACCCUCCACGCACUUCGACCAUCAACGAGGAAGCAAUUCCGAGUCGGGCGCGGCACAAGGCGGAGACAAAGCGUCCUCUGGUGCUCCGUCAGAAGCCUCCGGAGACUCUGGUUCGGGCUCGGAGGGUGAUGAAGUGGAGUUCGUGCCGUCCUCGUGGGACUGCCGCGCCGCCCCUUCGAAGUCAUCGUUGCGCAGCUUCGAGCAAGCUACACCGGAGCACAAGAAGCGCGUAGUGUUUAAGCGACAGAAGUAUCACUGCGUGUACGAAUACCCGCGCGAGGUGGCCGAUGUCGAGACGCACUCGCCCGCCGCCUACAUGCCGGACUUCUCCACCUACUCAGAUUGGGACCCGAGCAGCGCAGAGGAGGCAGAACUAGGCUACGGACAACUUUUCGGAACUCCAAAUGCUCUCGACUUAUAUCCACUGCGGGCUGGUAUUGCUUUUGGUGCUGAUUACGACGAGGACUUCUUCAUAUCGUCUUCGGCGCGACCGUUCGAGAGUCUCGGCAUAAUGACAACGACCAGCCAGUUUUUCCCCGGCAUGCAUGUGAAGCCGGCGCUGCUCGAGCGUGAACUGGACGACGUCGACGACUUCCCGCCCCCACCCUCGCCACUGCCCACCGUUACCGCCACCGCCUCCGCUCCUACCGCAGCCACCGCCACACUAGUCCAUACCAGGACCCCCUCAUUAGACUUCACUACCCCAGACUCUGGGGUCGAAGACAUUACUCCAGGCUCUACCACUACCGAGGAAGAUUACAAGAUCAAGAAACUGUCGGAAACUGAAGUGAAUCAAUGCUGGCGACCAGUCGACAGUGGCAGCUCCAGUGAGUCAGUCAGCCCGAGCUCACCGGGCGGCGAGGCUCUCGGCGGCCUCAGGCACACAAGGGACAAGCUGAAGCUCGACCUGCCCCCGAGUCCACAUUUACCGUCACCGAGGCAUAACAGGGUUUUUAAUUUCGUGUUGGAUAAGCCGAAACGGCAGAGGGUCCAAGAGGAGAGGUCGAGCGAAGUUGGCAGCACUCCACUCGUGAUGAGCGACGAGACGCCAGUGGUUAGCACGUCACUGCCGCUACAGGAGUCCGACGACCUGUCGCUACCAGAACCCACUUUCUCCACCUUCGGCAAGUGCGCGCAGAAGGUCGAUACCGAACAGAAGAGCAUCAUACUCACUGAAGACGUGCAACACGCCGAAAACAGUGAUAAAGUAGAAAGCCCUAAAGUGGUGGAAGCAGUUAAAGGCGAAGGCACUGUUUUGGACAGCGGAGACGAGGACUCCGGCAUAGAGAGCAGCUCCAAAGCCACUCUGGAACGGAACAAAACGACUCCAAACAUCUCGUAAUUAGAGAGAUAUUAACGGUAGUGUGUUGUUAUUGUAUAAAUAGGAUCAUGAUUAUAAGGCUUCACCGCCCUUGGAAUACGCGAUACUAUAAUCAUAUUUUGAAACUAAAUGUUAUUAUAACAAAAAUGGAUGAAAUAAACGUAAAUAAAAGUUGUUUCCUUGUGUUGCCCCUACCAGUAGAAUUACAAGGUACAGAGAUAUAGGUGUAAUUAGUUUGGAAGACUGGCAACACACGAGGUAUUAUGACACGACUCGAGGUGUCGCUCUGUCUCCGUGUUGUAGGAAGCCAGUGGUGAUAUUCGUGUUUAUAAAUGACAAAUAGCACUUUCUGUCAAGUUAGUUUGCCUUUUCACGUUGCAUAAAAAAGAUAACAUUUUAUUAGGGUGUCCAAGAGUUCGAGUGAUUUGAGGAUAGCGAUCUCUAUAGUACAUGUUUUUUUUUUUUUGUAUGACAUACUCCUUUUCGAGGUUUUUCAGAUUAAUAUAAUUUAUUAUUGUAUUAUAUUGUAUGAAUAUCGUUAUUAAUCGGCGUAAUUCCGGGCGGUGUAAGUAACAGCAUGUCGGUUACCAAGCGAAUAAUAGAUUUGUUUGUAACGCCAAUACAUGCUGUAAGUAACGCCAUCACAAUAGCCAAGAUUUAGUAUUACUAAACAUUUAUUAACGUAUCUUUAUUUAAUUUAGUACCACUGAACAAAAUAUUAUUGCACCUUUAUGUAACAAGCCAGAUGACAUAUCGAAAAUAACACUUCAUAUUUGAAGCCACCUACUUACGAAAUAAAAUUCGGAGUGUCAUUGCUUUUUCAACAUUAUUUCUUCAAUUUUUUUUUCUUAAUAAUCUAUAAAUUUUUCUUCUUUUUUUUUUUGUAAAACAAAAUCUUAUAUUAUUGAAUAUUUCAUAAUAAAGGUAGUUUGUAAAGAAGGGAAAAUAAAAAAAAUAUAUAUGUUUUGAACAGAUAGACACUAGUUAAAAAAUAUUGGACAUGUUUUUUGUUUCUAAGUUUAAUUUAAUGAUUAUAACCACAGGACUUCGCUUCGAAGUAUUCUUGUACUCUAUUUUCCUAAUAUAUUUUUUCUAAUAAUUAUAAAUGCUGUAAUUAACUUCAGUUUAGAUUUUUCCACUUAUUCAUUUUUAUAUAAUGUAUUGCGAUACUGAACUCGUUCGUAGGUGGUGUUUUGUAUUCCUUUAAUAAUAGUGCAGUGCAUGUAAAAAAAAAAUUAUUAUAAAUGCGCCCUAAACAGUUGAUUUAUUGAUUGUAAUACUUCAUAAAUAAUAACGUUAAGUAUCCUAUUUCAUUCACGAGUAAGGUACAAAAGCCAUGUAAUAAAUCGCUUUCAUUAUUGAAAAUUAUUUAUAAGCCCUUUGAGAAUUUUACAGUUUUAAGUGAUCCCAUUUGCCUAAUAUUAAAUACUGUUACAGUACUACCACGAAUUUAAACAAAACCGCAUCGCUAUUAAUAUACACUAUGGAAAAUGCAUUUUUGAUACAAUUCCCGCAGUUAUAGCUUUAUAAUAAUAUUAACUUUUUUUUUUUUUACUAUUUUCGUGGUGUUACUGUAAAAUAUAAAGGCCUAUCCUGGUUUGUACGAUUAUUACCGCCCAAUAUUGUACUUGCUAGAUUUUUUCAUACGUAACAUUUUUACUCUUAUUUCAUAAUGUCGUAGUGAAUUAGAUUAAACACUGUUGUGCUCGGAUACUUGAACCAAGCUUAACACAAUUGUCGUGUAAUAAUUGUUCCGAUGAAAUUGUGCCCAUCAAAAGUACAAGUAUCAGAUCAUAACGAAUUCAGUGUCUAAAUUAUUUGUUAGAUUUACGCACAAGUGAGUACGCAUCUUCCAUCUUAUAAACCUCGAAUAAUAUGAAGAAUAUCAAAAUUUUAUUAUUUCGGUCUAUAAAUUUUGAGGUUAAAAAGCCAAUUGUUAGUUAAGAAAAGUUGUAAUUGUAAGCGUAGAAUUAGAUGUAUCUAUUGUGGUGAGGUCGACAUCGCGUGUUAUUGUACACGAGCUCAGCAACAGAAAUGGUUUAACUCGGGUGAACAUUCAAAUUUUUUUCUUUUUUUUUUAAUUAUAUUUUCAAGUAUAAACGCGUGCGCAGAUAUGUAUUAUAUAUUAUAAUAUACAUGAUGUAUUAUUUGCGAAAAGCGUUAUUUAUUAUUAGUUAUUUUAUUACAUUGCAUAAUUAAAUCAAUUUAAUUAUGCAAUGUAAAAAAAAAAUUGUUCAAGUAAUCAAGUUGCUUCGCGAAACUGCUUCUCAAUAUGCAGAAUUAAGCAACUUCGCGUUUUCCCGCUAUCCUGUAUCACACUACCCAAUGUACGCACGGCCUUUUGUAAUCCAACCCCGUCCUGGUCACUUAAUGAUAUUAAAUGAUGUUAAAUCACGAUUAUUUAUUACCUUGUCAAUGCCGACUAACUAACUGUUCAUAAUAAUGAAACAUUACUGUUGCUGACUGUACAGAAGUGAGUGCCACUAAAAUUACGUCAUCAAUAUAGUACGCAAUACGUCCAAGUGUGAACCUAAUGUGCAAUUCCUCUCAUUUCCAUAUCAUUGCGUUUUAGUUGUUUAGUUAUUACUGCUGUAAAUAUAAUUUAAUGUUAUAGAUUUGGAGAAGUUUUUGAUGAUUGCAAAUUAUUAAUUCAAAUUACUACAAGUUUAUUGUUCUGAACAUUAUUUUUUACAUUUUAAUAAGUUUUCGUUAAUGUACAGAUGUAAAUACGUGGUAGAUGUUCAUUUUGUUACUAAGUAGGGAUGGUAUCUUGUUAUGGAAGUAGGUGAGAUUUCCGGACCUGGUCCGAGCGGUCGUUGUUGUAGGGCGGGGGGUGUGGUCGCGUCGUCACGUCGCCACCUCCGCCUUCAUCUCACUUCAUAUACCACAUGUUAAAGAUGCGCUCAAUCGGACAAUUUUAUUGCGUAAUCCUGUGCAAUAUUUGUUAAUUAUAACGUCACGAUAAGUCAAGUUACUGUCAUGCCUCUUUGCAUGUAACUAAAAUUUUCUGGAGCAGUAAUUGCCUGAGAUUUCCUGUAUUUAAUGGUUUAUUAAAUUGCCCCAUAUCACUCAAUGUAAAUGUGGCGAUAUAACAACACUCGUACGUAUGGACAUUAAAGUAAAUUGAUCGAUGGCAAUACGUCCCAACAAACAAAUGCUGUCCAAGAUUAUCCAAUUAAAUUGUCCAUGUGAGUGCACCUGUAGUAAUGUCUAGAUUAUUGGCAGGCCACAUGCUAAGACUUUGUGGUCUUGUUUCUCUAUAAAUGUAUUAUGAAGUUAUACUCUUUAGUUCGAGAAAUCUCCAAGGUAACAGACUCGUCUCUUUUACAUUUAUAUACAAUACAAGGAAUUAUUUUGAAUGAAUUGUCCGAUAAUUAUGAUAUUUAUUGUUUGUAAGUUGUUAUUGAUUUGUAUGAGCUGUAGGCAGUAUUUAGUGAAUGUGAACGCAUCGGAAGUCUUUUCAUAUUGUGACUUUGUCGAGUCUUUUAAAAGUAUUUCUAUGAAAAAAAUAAUAAUAAAUAAAACUUGUGACUCAA